AUGAGUAAUCAAGACAACCGUCCUGUUAUUUUGACAGGCGACCGUCCAACGGGACAACUUCAUUUAGGGCACUUUGUCGGAUCUUUACGUUCACGUGUGGGUUUGCAGGAUUCACACCAUCAGCAUUUAUUAUUGGCAGAUGCGCAAGCCUUUACUGACAAUGCAGAUAACUUUGAAAAAGUUCGCCGCAAUAUUCUUGAAGUUGCCACAGAUUACUUAGCAGUCGGGAUUGACCCAACCAAAACCACCAUUUGCGUGCAGUCGAGCUUACCCGCGCUGAAUGAACUCACCAUGUUGUAUCUCAACUUUGUGACCGUGUCUCGUUUAGAACGUAACCCAACCAUCAAAUCUGAAAUUCAGAUGCGUGGUUUCGAACGAGAUAUUCCAGCUGGUUUCUUAUGCUACCCAGUUGCACAAGCGGCAGAUAUCACCGCAUUUAAAGCAACGGUUGUACCUGUGGGUGAAGACCAGAUUCCAAUGAUCGAACAGACCAAUGAAAUCGUACGCCGCUUAAACCGUCAGAUUGGUCAGGAAUUACUACCUGAAUGUAAGGCUCUGCUUUCCAAUAUGAGCCGUUUACCCGGCUUUGAUGGUAAAGCCAAAAUGUCGAAAUCUUUGGGCAAUACCAUUGUGUUGGAUGCAACAGAUAAAGACAUUAAAAAAGCUGUUAAUGCGAUGUACACCGACCCGAACCACCUGCGUGUUGAAGACCCAGGUCAGGUUGAAGAUGCGUUUGAUCCAAACAAAGAAGAAGUUGAAGAACUGAAAGCACAUUACCGCCGUGGCGGUUUAGGCGAUGGUACGGUGAAAAAACGUCUUGAAGGCGUAUUGAAAGAGCUGAUCACGCCAAUUCGUGAACGUCGUAUGGAACUUGCGAAAGAUCCUGAUUACAUCAUGGAUAUUUUGAAGACAGGGGGCGGCUCACAAGGCCUACUCGACCAAUUCCUACCUGAUGACUUAGGCAGUACUAAAGACGUCGACAUUGCACUAGAUGCCGAUCAAGGUUGGCUCAAUGCCCUGCUGGAUUGGUUGUUUAUUGGCCGUGUUCCUCUCUUGUCCAUUCUUCAAACUUGGACCGGGAGCUAUUGGAGUGCAUGGAUCAUGGCACCUCUUUGCCUCGUACUUUCGAUGCCUAUGAUUCGUUACAGCGCCAUGCUGAUUGCUAAAAUUUUGCCACAAGAUGAAACCACAGCAAUUUACAGUGAAGAGCUGAUUGGACGAACAGCACUGAUUAUUUUAGGGAUUAUCUUUGCAGCUCUGGUUAUUAUCGGCAUUAUUAUUGCCCGUCUGUACCGUCGUUCCAGCAAAGAAAUCUCUUUCGUACGUACAGGUUUUGGCGGCGAAAAAGUUAUUUUAGGUGGCGGUGCAAUUGUACUGCCUGUAUUACAUGAAAUUAUCCCUGUCAACAUGAACACGCUACGUUUAGAGGUUCGCCGUGCUGAUGAUCAAGCGCUCAUUACCCGUGACCGUAUGCGCGUCGAUGUCAUGGCGGAGUUCUAUGUCCGUGUGAAGCCACUAGCAGAAUCAAUUGCAGUGGCCGCGCAGACUUUGGGACAAAAAACCAUGUCUCCAAAUGAGUUGAAGAACCUUGUGGAAGGUAAAUUUGUCGAUUCCUUGCGUGCAGUAGCAGCUGAAAUGGCGAUGGAAGAGUUGCAUGAAAAACGCGUGGACUUCGUACAAAAAGUACAACAAGUGGUGUCCGAAGACUUACAUAAAAAUGGUCUAGAGCUUGAAACUGUGUCAUUAACAGGUUUAGACCAAACAGGUUUUAAAUACUUUAACCCUCAAAAUGCAUUCGAUGCCGAAGGUUUAACUAAGCUAACUGAAACGAUUGAAGACCGCCGUCGUAAACGUAAUCACAUUGAGCAAGACGCUGACCUUGCCAUUAAGACCAAAAACUUAGAAGCAGAACAAGCACGUCUACAAAUCAUCCGCGAAGAAGAAUACGCCAAACUACAACAAGAGCGUGAAAUUGCAAUUCGCCGUGCAGAACAAUUGGCUGAAAUUGCCUCACAAGAAGCUGAGAAAAAACGUGAAGCAGAAGAAGCACGUAUUGCAGCUGAGCGUGAAGUCGAGUUAAAGCGUAUUGGUGCAGCACGUGAUGUGGAAAGCCAAAAUAUUCAAAAAUCACAAAUUAUUGAACAAGCACAGGUUGAACAAAAGAAAACCAUCGAGCUGGCUGAACAGUCACGUGCCAUUGCAAUUGCUGAAAAGUCGCGUGAAGAGUCUGAAGCCAAAGCUUCUGCUGACCGUGCCCGCGCUGAAGCGGUUAAAGCUGAAGAAGAAGUGAUUACCGUACGUGAAACCCAGCGUGCUGAGCGUCAAAAAGCAGUUGAGUUGGUUGCGGCGAAGCAAGCUGCAGAAAAAGAUGCGAUUGCGAUUACGGUUGCAGCUGAAGCAGGCAAACAAGCUGCUGCCGAUGAUGCCGAAGCUGUUCGUAUUGCUGCGGAAGCUCAAGCCGAACAAGCUCGCUUAAAAGCCAAAGGUGAAGCGGAUGCCAAAAUACUGUUGGCUCAAGCAAUGGAAAAACAAUACCAAGUCGACGCGGAUGGUACACGUGCUGUGAAUGAAGCCAACAACGUCUUAUCUCCAGAGCAAGUCGAAAUGCAAAUUCGUCUAGCAUUGUUAAAAUACUUACCUGAAAUCAUUCGUGAAAGUGUUAAACCGAUGGAAAACAUUGAUGACAUUAAAAUUCUACAGGUCAAUGGUUUAGGCAAUGUCGGUUCAGUAGCAUCAGGAGUUGAUGGUGCGGAAUCUUCACAAGUUGCUUUGUCUGAUCAAGUGGUGAAUAGUGCGCUACGCUAUCGUACCCAAGCACCACUAAUUGAUAGCUUGAUGAAUGAACUGGGAAUUCAAGGCGGCGACAUCAAUGGUUUAACCCAAAGCUUAAAACCGCAAAGCAAAGCUCAAUAG